AUGAACAAUAUGAUACAAGACGGGAAUACACAUGAAUCAAAUACCGCGCAAAAUAAUGAUGGUUCACCAUUAGAUAAUAAUAAUAAUACAAAUGUAAAUAGUGAUGCACUGGUCGACAAUACUGAUGCGGAUGAAAAGGAUGAAGAGAUGGAUGAAUUCAACGAUGAAGAAGAAGCAUCAAUCAAUGACAACACCAUGCUAUUCCAAAAUAACAACACCACCGAACAAGCACCACUACAAGAUCGUAUAGAAGAUGGUAAAGGGAAUCCAUUUGAUAUCCCUGAAUUUACUCGUAAGGAUAAAACUUUGAAUGAAAUUCUAGACUUAAUGCAAGGGAAUCCACCAAUAAUUCCAGACGUAGUGAUAGAUUAUUACCUAACUAAAAAUGGGUUUGAUUGUGCAGAUAUUAGAGUCAAGAGAUUGUUAGCAUUGGCCACUCAAAAAUUUAUAAGUGAUAUAGCUAACGAUGCGUAUGAAUAUUCAAGGAUAAGAUCCUCUGUGGCGGUACAUAAUGCUAAUAAUGGGCAAAAUAGAGCUCGACAGUUGAUGGCUGGACAACAACAACAAUCUCAAUUACAACAGCAGCAACAACAGCAGCAAGGACCUUCACAACAACAGAAUGGGAAAGUCGUAUUAACUGUGAAUGAUUUAAGUAGUGCUGUAGAAGAAUACGGUUUGAAUAUAGCCCGUCCUGAUUUUUAUCGUUGA